GUUUGGUUUGGCUUGCCGAGCUUGGGUUAGGGUUCCAGCUCCGUGCUCGAUGUGUCUCUGGCCCCCUGCUGGCGCCUCAAUUCUGCAGCUCUCCUCACCAUUUCUGGUGUUCACUGGCGGGAAUUGAUGCGAGUAGAAAUCCUGCAUCGAAGCUAUGAAAUUGAGGAAUGUAGUGUUGGUGUGGUGGAGAGGGGUAUUUUUGAGACUGGCGCCGUCUUUGAGAAAGGCUUUCACCUUCUGCCAUUUCUUUGGGAUAAAUUAGCGAGCGAAAAUGUAAGAGAAAAUUUUCAGAUUGGAGUUAUGAUUUUUAGAUUUGAAGGGGGUUGUGUUGAGCUGCUUUUGCGCUCAGCCAUGGAGGCAGCUUCGAUGGAGCGGCAUUGAUAGGGGUUUCUUUAGCCGGGUUGUGGGAAGUGGAUUUGCAGUUGAGCUGGCGAACAGAGUCGGUUGCAGCGAGUAGUGAUUAGAUUAGUUUGACCCCCGUGAUGCUGAGGAUGGGCCACAGCAGGUCACCACCAUUGCGGCAUUGAGUUGAAUCCUGUUUAUUAAUGGCAGGAGUAGGAGAUGAGUAUGACAACAGGAGAAACUUCUAUCCCGAUCCUGGAAAUGCAUGGGGUGGUCAACACUACGAUCCAGCGGCCCAGCAGCAACAGUAUGGGUAUGGAUAUGGAUAUGGUUACGGGUAUCCGUCCCAACAGCCGGAGGAUAGAGGGCAGGCUGUUCAAGAAGGUAUGGCUGCUCCUCCACUACCCGCAAUGCCACCGCCGCAGGCACCAUUACCACCGAGCUUGGCGACUACUCCGACCUGGCCGGGAAGCGACCAAGGGGGAGCAAAUGGUGCUGCGGACACUGCGUACGCUGGCUACAACAACUACAAUCAUCAAUCACAACAGGGUCAAGAGUAUUCCAGCUAUGUAACAGGGGAAGUGCAACAAGCUAAUAACUUUGCUCAUCCUCAGACAUCAAAUGGUUCACAGUCAUUUGCGCAAGGAUAUGCUGGGUAUAAUUACAUACCUGAUCAAAAUGCAUACAAUUAUCAGGGAUAUAAUAAUAAUGCUUUUCAGAAGCAGGGAGUGGAAUCAUAUCCCCAGAAUGCUGCAAUGUAUAGCAAUGCUGGUGCACCUUACGCGCCUCCAAAUCAGUAUCAGCACAGGGAUGUAGCCUCGUACUCAAACACCACCAACUACUAUGAUCCUAAUGGUUAUCAAAGUACUGGGUAUCGAGGUGAGGAUGAACAAGUGCAGGCCUCCUGGAGCGAUCCUAAACAGGUGCAAUACAACUAUGCAGGUUAUGCAGCCGCAAAUGUGAAUACCAACACUGUCUUUGGUGAUAUCAAUACGCAGCUGGAAGACAGUGCGCAGUAUGCACAAGAUUACUCGCAUCAGUGGGCUGAGUACUACGCGAGUUUGCAAGCCGCACCACAACCCGUUCCCCAAGCCGACACCGAGAGCAAUGUCGCUCCUCAAGCAGUUUCCAGUGUUCCUACCACCCUGGUGUCAGCUCCGUCAUAUGCCAGCGUUGUUGCCGCUCCAGCUGGGCAGCAACCGCCGCCUCCCGGAACUGCGGCACCGCAACCUUCUUGGCAAGCUGCUGCAGCGUCAUAUGCUGCAUCUCUAUCUUCUCAGGGUUCAACAACGACUGAAGCUCAUACAGUAGGCACUCGUUGGAAUGCUAAUUCCAACCAGAUAUCUCAAACUCCUUGGAAUGCUAUUUCUAGUCAGACUUCUCCAAGCGAUCAUUUCAACCAAAGUCAGUUUCCGGCCUUAGCGAAGCAUUCAAGAACAGUUGCAAAUCAACAUCAGCAACAACAAUCUCAGGCCUCUCACACCCCUCUGCAACAUCAAAGUAGAUCAGCUAAGCUGCACAUCGUAACCAAUCCACGGAUUACGGCUAAUGUCGGUGGUUUGGGGUCGGGAAAAGAGAUGCAAAAGCCAGCUUAUGUAAGCGUUCCUGCCAAGCAACCUUCUUCUAGUGUUUCUACUGAUGCCGUCGCUGAUGCCACGUUACAGCCUGGAAGGUUUCCCUCGUCAUUGCGUGCCUAUGUUGAAAGAGCUCUGUCACGUUGCAAAGAUGAGUCGCAGAAAGCAGCUUGCCAGGAGAUAAUGAAGGAUAUGAUCACAAUGGCUUCUAAGGAUGGAACCUUAUUCACAAGGGAUUGGGAUACGGAGCCACUUUUUCAAAUACCGCCCCCAUCAUCUUCAUCCGUUAAGAAGGAAACACCGCUGCAACAGAAUAACUCGACGAAAUCGGAGUGGAGCCCUCCUAGGCGCUUGAAAAGUCGUUGGGAGCCUCCUGCUGCGGAGGACUCGGAUGGUAAACCAGGACGAACUCAUGGUUUUCACGGUAUUUUUAGAGAAGGUGGUCAUGACAUUUCUAAAGAGAAGGACAGUUUCCAGUCUCACUCCAAAUGGGAAAAGCGCGAGGAUUCAUGGAGUAAGAGUAUCACAGAUAGUGAGCACUUGAAGAAUGUGUCUAAAAGGGGCUUGAAAAGGCUUCGCAAAGGGGUUUUGUCCUCAAAAGGAGGUGAGAAUCUUUCAAGCGAUAGUGAUGAGGAGCAUGGGCAUGGGGUGCAUCUUGGAUCUUUGUCUACGGCUGAUACUCCAGAAGAGAAGGAAAGACGGCAAAGUCGGUUCAAACGUUUUGAUCGAGGUAAGGAUUCUGGCAGAGGAAAGGGAUCUGGACGAGGAGGGAAGGGGCAUGCGGCAGAAAGUGCGAGUGCACGAAGAGCCACGGCUCUGCACUUAGCUCUAAGAUCUGGGGAUGGGCAAAAUGGACGGGCUGUUGAGGAUAUUGAUUGGGAUUCUUUGACUAUACGAGGAACAUGUCAAGAGGUUGAGAAGCGGUAUCUUCGGCUCACUUCUGCGCCUGAUCCCAACACAGUGAGACCGGAGAAUGUUUUGAAAAGAGCAUUAGAGAUGGUUAAAAGUACAACCAAGAGUUACCUGUUUAAAUGUGAUCAGUUAAAGUCAAUACGGCAAGAUCUUACUGUACAGCGGAUUCGAGACGAAUUUACAGUUCAGGUAUAUGAAACACAUGCUCGCAUGGCUUUGGAGGCCGGUGACUUACCUGAAUACAACCAGUGUCAGACACAACUCAAGUUCCUGUAUGGAGAAGGCAUUAAAGGUUGUAGUAAUGAGUUUGCUGCUUACAGCUUGUUGUACAUUUUGUUCAACCGUGGCAAUAGCAGAGAUCUUUUAUCUGCCAUGGCGAAGUUGACAGAUGAAGGAAGGAGAGACGAGGUAGUAAAGCAUGCUCUGGAAGUACGUCAUGCAGUGGCAGUCGGCAACUACACGACUUUCUUUCGCCUGUAUAGAACAGCUCCAGUUCUGAGCCCUUGCUUGAUGGACAGUCAUACCGAGAAGAUGCGGUUUGAAGCUGUGAAAUGUAUGUCACGCUCUUAUCGUCCCACUAUUCCCGUCUCAUCUGUGGCUCGGUCUCUAGGCUUUACCACUGAGUCGAGUUCAGAAGGAGAAAGCGAAGGGCUCGAGGAAUGCGAGGAGUGGUUGAGGGCCCAUGGUGCUCAUCUUCAAUUUGAUAGCACCUCAAAUGAGUUAGUUAUGGAAGCGAAGCUGAGCCAAACAAGCUUAUUCAUGCCUGAGCCCGAAGACGUUGUUCCACAUGGAGAUGCAAAUCUUGCGCUUAAUGACUUCUUUUCUCGCUCCUAGUAUUCAUCCGUUCGAUAGUCUAGUAGUGAUCUGCUCAUUAACGAACUGUGAAGGAAAAUUGACUCAAGUUAGUCUGUCUUUUAGGAAAGUUAUUGAUCCUGUAACAAGUAGUUAACAGCUGUGGUUAGUAGGGAGCUUGCUUGAACAGCUUGGUUAACAGCAUUCUAUUGUGCAGAAAACUGUUGAGCUCUUUUCCUACUAAAGUUUUUCAAUGUGACCCAUGAUUUAGGGCCACAUCAAGGUGAAAGCAUUGUGGCUAUUAACGCCGUUGUGUCUGAUGCACGAUAUUCUGCCAUCAUUUGUAUAUUUUUUGUAACUUAUGAGAUUUGAAAUCCAACUUCAUUGUUAA